AUGCCCCAAUUAUUCUGCUGCACAGCCCUCCACCAACUGGCGAUAACCUCACCCCAAAACCCAACCCUAAAAGAAUUCACAAAAUGGGCCACAACACCAACACCAACAUAUCCUCCCACUAUUUCAUUCACCGCAGAACCAAACUCCUACACCCAGUUCACCAGUCAGCUGAACGGAUCCACAGAAUACAUCCGCUGCUUCACAGCGACGGAUUCCACCAACUUCGAAGAGACAUCCGAAGCAAGACCAGCGCGAUCAAAGCGUGUUGCACACGAGAGACUGCGGUGUAAGCGUCAUGAACGAGUUUUCGAGAUUAGCGUUUACGAGUUCGGCUCCGAGACAGGAUCGAAGUUGCGGAAGAAUAUCGCGAAGGUAGUUGGGAGGAUUGAAAAUGCGGUUAGACGGAGGGGCAGAUCUGUGUCUCGGUCUGGAUCUAGUUCGGCUUACCGAUCUAGUUCCGCGUACGGGUACCGGAAUGGGAUGCCAUAUGGGUCUGAAUCUGGGCUUGGGCAUGGAGGUGGCUGCAGAUGUCAGACGUUGAGUCGUCCUGUUGAGAGGACUACUAUGAUAGUUGCUGAGCCGGAGGAUUGUGGGUCUGAUAGUAGUUAUUCUGACCAGGAGUGUGAGGUGAUGGGUGAAGUGGGUGAGGAUGGUGGUGAUGGAGACUCUGGAGAUCAGGCCGCGUCGUCUAUGUCGAGUCUUGAUGUUGACUCAGAACAAGAUUAUACCGGAGAGGAAGAGAUGGUGUCGCCUUUACCUCCAUCUGGGGAAGAGAUUGCUCUGGGCGCCGGACUCGUCGUCGAACGGAACCUCGAGCUCGUGUUCGAGGCCAUUCUAGCGGAACAGCCCGUCUCUUGGGAUGAGAUACCCGGCCCUUCAGUGCCUCUAUCUCGGCACGCAUUCCACGAUCUGUCUGUCGUGGUGGACAAGAGUCUCUCGAAGGACAUCGCCCACAAAGCUCGUCGGAAAAGCGGGGACAUCGAUGCCCUCAGCGGGGUUCACGAUGUUGUAGCGGGGGCCGUGGCGCUAAUUGCGGCUGGAGUUGGAGCUCGCGCCUGUGCAGUUCGCGAGGAACGCGAUUAUCCCAGCUCUCGUGGUUUGAAAUCAUCCAACUCUCGCUCCGACGAUGAACUUUCCUCCGACGUGGAAUAG